CAAAGGUGUGUUUUCUACUGCUUCUCCUUCACUCGCUCUCUCAACUCUCUCGCGCUCUCGCCCACGGGAAACUCCCCAUGGCCGCCGAAAAUCCGAUCCGAAUCGGCAUAAUGGGCUGUGCAGAAAUAGCGCGAAAGGUCUCGCGUGCCGUCACCUUGGCGCCUAACGCAACGCUGGCAGCCGUUGCCAGCCGCUCCAUCGAGAAGGCCACAGCCUUCGCGCGAGCCAACUGCUUCCCGGCUGAAGCCAAGAUCUACGGCUCCUACGAGGCCCUCCUUGAAGACCCCAACAUCGACGCCAUCUACUGCCCCCUCCCCACGGGUUUCCACGUGCAGUGGGCAGUGGCGAUCGCUCAGAAGGGUAAGCAUUUGUUGCUUGAGAAGCCGGUUGCGCUCAACGUCGCAGACUUUGACACGAUUCUCGAGGCCUGCGACGCUAAUGGCGUUCAGAUUAUGGACGGUACCAUGUGGAUGCAUCAUCCCCGGACGCAGAAGAUGAAGGAGUUCCUCUCUGAUCCGGAAUGUUUUGGGCAGCUCAAGACGAUACACAGCUACUUCACAUUUUCUGCUGAUCCCGAUUUUCUCAAGAAUGAUGUUCGUGUUAAGCCAGAUCUCGAUGGUCUUGGUGCUCUUGGGGAUGCUGGAUGGUACUGUAUCAGAUCAAUCCUAUUUGCAGCUAACUACGAACUACCUAAAACUGUUGUUGCCUUGCGGGAGCCUGUUUUCAAUGAUGCUGGUGUAGUUCUUUCUUGUGGGGCAUCUCUACAUUGGGAAGAUGGGAAAGCAGCAACCUUCUAUUGCUCAUUCCUGGGAAACUUGACAAUGGAUGUUACUAUGAUAGGGACAAAGGGAACUCUUCAUAUCCAUGAUUUCAUCAUUCCUUUUCAAGAGCGGGAGGCCAGUUUUAAGACAAAUUCAAAAGGUGGUUUUAAUGAGCUAGUCACAGGAUGGUUAUCAGUUCCAAGUGAGCACAUUGUUCCCACAGGUAUCCCCCAAGAAGCUUGUAUGGUGAGAGAGUUUGCUCGCCUUGUUGGAGAGAUCAAAAGGAAUGGUGCAAAGCCUGACAAGAAGUGGCCAACAAUUAGUAGGAAGAACCAACAGGUGAUUGACGCGGUGAUGGCGUCAAUUCAGCGCGGAUUUCAGCCUGUUGAAAUUGUGGGUUAAUCAACACUUUUGUAUGGUGAAAGUAGGCAUUUGCAUUUUAAAUAAGAAGACAGGAUCUGCCUUUCUGAUGCCUACCAUAUGUAAUUAUGUAUCAUGUAAAACUGAGACUUCACUGCUUGUCUUUAAUAAACAGUAUUUAUAAGUUUGAUAAACUUCAUUAGACCUUCACAGUUCAUGCUGAAGGAAUGAAGAAUUCAACAAGGAGAUUUCCUCCUGCCGAAGUAGGCGAGCGAUCCCUUUGUGUUGGUUUGUGGGUUAAAUUAUUUAAUAUGAAUUGUUCACAUAUUAAAUUUC